CCCCCGGUGCAUCGAUAUCAUACAGGACAUCGAUAGCAUAUAGCAUCCAUCAAACCUCUCGCCUCGGAACUCCCUUCUUACAGAUCGAUAUCACACAUCUGCCAUACCACGAAACGACCGUCAGUCUCAUAACCUGGUCGUAUCAGUCAAUUCCAGAUAUACCGGCAAUGUUACCUUGAUCACUUCUCGCCUGAUCCCAGCGCGAUCCUUUGUUCCGACUGGCUUGUAAACAUCAAGUGGGCUUCGACGAGUAAAGAAUGGGGAUCUUUAAGCUCGGGCUCUUCAAGGGUGGAUCGCAGGGGCAAAAAGCACAAUCGAGUACCGAUGCGGCGAAUACAAAGGCCGGCGCGAAUGGGAACUCGACGGCAGAGAAGAGCUUCAAGGGACCGAAGAGAGCUACAAAACCUUCGACACGGAACGAUGCGAGCUCCCUUCAAACGAUUCCGUACGCAUCUUUAACGCAACCAACUCGUCAACCUCCUGCUGUGAACGCCUCGGCCUCUCGCUCGGCUUCUCAAGGAACUCUGGCCUUGGGAUCUCCUACCUCUUCAGCUGGUCGGGGCGAGCAGUAUGUCGAUCGGCAGGGAAUCGACUCGUCCUGGAGUCGCCAUGCUGGACGCUCUCCCCUACAGCCAGAGACAUCAGACGUGCAUUCGGGGCCCUCCCAUCAUCCGGCAAAUGGUCAUAAAGCACUACCCACACCGCCGAUCCACUCUGAAGCCCUGAGCCGACCCGAUGUCCGACAACGGCGUAGUCUGUUCAGUUUGCGAAGCUUUUCCGGCGGCAAAGAGGCAGAAACGACCAGACCAGAGUCACGAUCCGAUUCGAAGCCGAACGAGGCACCGCAACGUCGACCUUCUCCACUAGCUGUCGCUGUGCAGCCCGAUCAAAAGCAUGGUCUUCGUCCCGCCCGGGACCCGAAUUCACCGUCCCACAUGACCCUUCCGGUGCCAUCAGGUAGUCCCAGAAGCGAAGCGGACGGACAGGGAAUUUCUCAUCUAGCACAGCUUAGUCGCGAUCACAGCCACGGCACAAGUGUCACUGAACGUAUCGCUUCCCAGAACGACUACUUUGAAGUCCGGAAUUUCCGCCACGUCUCCGGCACAGGCGAGAGCCCCUGGCAGAGAUCACCUGCAUCGAUUAGACAGCUGGGGCCUUCUUCACCACCAGUGCGGUCCCCAGGAAGUGGUGCGGCAUCGAAUCAUGAGGAAGUCAUGACCGAAGCUGCCCGCCCAACGGCUCCGAGACUAAGCAGACCUCCAUCAUUUGCGGGGAGCAUAGGGGGCGAGGAGCCCGCGAGACAAGUCAGCGCGCAAUUCUUCAAACAAGCACGCAGGCAGAGCACCUCGAGCGUUUUUACGCUUGAGGCAUAUCAGCAACCCGAUGAUGACGAAAAAACCGCCCCUUCAUCUGAUGCGCAUGCAGCUCAAGCUGACCGUAUGGCCAGGCUGAAAAGAACCAGCACGAGGGAAAGCUCCAUCGAGAUGCUAGCAUCACCCAAACGCAAGCCUUUGGGAAUUGCAGGAAACGAUCGACCCGAAGUCAUAACCCAGCCGUCUCACGAUGCCAUGUUGUUCCAGAAACGCCAGGAUCAUCAAGACGACCGGUUCAACCACGCUCGGACGACCAGCAAUGAGAACACCGCUCAUCAUGUCCUCGAGCCAGCAGCUCAAAUUCUGAUGCCGAAAAAGGUGGUCCCAGCAGAUCGAGCGGUCAACCGGACAGCUGACGUGGCGCUGGCUCAACGCAGGGCCUUCAGCUUUGCUGGCACCGCUUUGCGAGAAUACUCCCCCGCUUCGAGCGAUCGAGGCGAAAAGCGAGACGUACGUCUCCCUGAGACCUUUGUCAGAACGCACGACAGGUCAAGGUCGACAUCGUCCAUGCCGACAGGAGGUUUCGAGGCUGAGAACCAAAAUCGGACGAAGAACCGUUUACCUCUAAAUGAGAGGCUCGCCUCCGCCGCCUUGGUCACCGCUUCCACAGCUAAUACCCAGGAUUGCCUGAUCCCUCCCGUCAAAUCACACGUCGAGGCGAGCAUGGGAUCCGCGGAGACCAGUAUGGCGCGGACGGGGUUCCCCUCUAGCUCUUCUUUACCCAGACUGGACGCGAAAUCGACUUCUACCGUGAACAGUCCGCUGUCUUCCCCAGCUCGCAAACCGCGGACGCGUCACGGAUGGGACUCGUCCUCAUCCGACAGUAGUGGCGACGAGCAACAGCCAAGGCGGAAAAUGGCUUCAAAGGCCAAGCCGGCCCAGAAGGCGUCGAUUCCGGUCAGAAGCUUACCCUCUGGUGUGCGCAAGCCACCGCACCCUUCAGAAGCUUUCGGAGAGGCCAGUUCUGGGCGUCCUCUCACUCAUGGGAAUCGUACGCCUUCAACCCACUCGGUACGAUCGCUCCUGUCGCAGUCUUCUGGCAAGGUGUUGCCAUCAGCGACAAGUCGCGAUUUCCACCAUGAGGAAGAAAGUGACGCAUCCAGUAGCAGUAGUAGCGACGAAUCUCUUGCCGUGAUUAUGAGAAAGCAAAGCAAAAUAUCGCUCAAAGCACAAUUUGCAGCCUCGACACCUAAUCUUACUUCUCCUACAAAGCAAUCGCAUUCCCAUGGAGCAGCGCGAAACUCGCCAAUCAAAUCGGCAAUGAAGAUGGCGAGUCCGCCUGCAGGAUCGUCGGGCAAACCUGUUUCGCAGCGAGCUCUGCCAGUCCCACCUCUAGCCCCCGCUCUUCCUACGUAUCCAAUCCUGUCCGGCUAUGGACAAAACAGCUUCUGGCCACGCGAGUCACCCGCAUCAUCACAGAGUGGAACCACAGGCGAAGCCUCUAGUCGGAAUGGGCCACUGACCCCUCAGGAGGUGGGCAUGAUCUCUCAGCCUGUGGUAGUCGGAGGUGCUUCGAGUGCGGAUGGCAAGGGGACCUCUCCUGGCCCGAAUUCGAGACGAGUCAGUUUUCUAAAUGCCGAUUGGCAGCAGUCGUCGACAACAAAUGCGUCAGAAUCGAAGAUUCAGACAGUCCCAGCUCCGGUGAAAGCACCAGAUGGCAAUUUCGCGGCGUUGCAACAUCCUGCGGGAGUCUACGCAGGUCAAUUCAACGGCGGGCUUGAUGCUGCGGCGGCCAACCAAUCAUCGCAAUACCAGACCGACAGCGAAAUGCUAGCCGCGCAGCAGAAUAUGCAGCUUCAGAUGCAAAUGCAGAUGCAGAUGCAGCUACAUAUGCAGAUGCAAUGGCAGCAGUACAACGCAGCUCAAAUGGUGCCGGGCUAUAUGACUAUGCAUCAACAAGCCAUGGCAGCGGCGAAACAGCAAUACCAAGCUGCUAUGGCGGCAGCAGCUAUCCAGGCUGCCGAUGAGGCCUGGGAAAGAGCCAGCAACAUGGGCGGCACGAGCGGGUCUCAAGCCUUCUCUGUGGCAGACGGCCCGACGUCAAAUCUCUUUCCCUUCCCCUCACAUUUCGGCGGAGACAAUGUGCAGCCCCGAGGCAGUUCGUCGGUCUAUGGCGGCUCGACCUAUGCUGCCGAGACCAGACCAGGGCGAUCCCAUCCAGGCUAUGGCAGAAGCGCGUCCUCGGUUUAUGGCGGAAGCUUUGGUCCAUCGAGUCAAACCAGGUCCAAAGGCUCAGAUGCCCGUUCAGAAUAUUCACCUCGAGAGAGGGCCAAUUCAACUGCUUCCAGAACCAGAUUCUCUAUCCACGACAGGACAGCGCGAGACGCCCGCGUGGACGCUACCGAGGCGAUCAAAACGCGGCAGGGCGAUACAUCGCCUUCCGCGAUUCCUCCUAGCAGCUGGAAGGGAUCCGCUACAUCCCGCUAGACACGAUUUACGAAAUUGACGAGGACUUCUGACGUGACGACAUGACGACUUCAGAUUAUUGUAUAGCUAUGAUUUACACCCUCUUUUCCACCGUCGUUGAGACGACUAUUGCAUGCACACGCCGGACGCUAGAGCAGUCAGCGGAAGGCGAACAGAUAUUCUAGUCAUUCUCGCGGUAGAUUGUAGAUGAUAUCAAGUUGUGUACCAGAUACGUAGUAUUUGAGCUGCUGUGCUGGUGCUUGUACAGGC